AUGGCAGGCCCACCCCAUUUUUCACCGCCGCCGUACAUGCAUCCCUUCCGCCCCGCAUCCGCCAUGAGCGCAAACAGAUUCGACGAGGGUUACUCUGAGGACACGCGCAGCCAGAGCGGGAGCGACACCCUCAUGCGAACCGACGUGAGGCUGGACGACGCCGGCAUGGACACCGACCCAUCCGCCCUGCCCGACUGGGUCAAGGCGCUGAGUGAGAGCGAGCGCAGUGAGUUUGCGUACGCAAUCCUGAGGUCGCUGCGGACCUCGUCGGUAGCUAGCAUAGUCGAGAAGCUCAACCCGCUGUUACACCUCGAUCCCGUCCUCCACCUCCCGCCCGAAAUCACCUUCCAGAUCCUCUCCUACCUCGACCCGGAAACACUGCUGCGCGCCUCGAUCCUGUCCCGCGCUUGGAGAUACAGGGUCUUGGACGGCCCACUAUGGAAGCUGCUGUUCCGCCUCGAGGGCUGGAACUCCAACUUUUCCCGGGUGCACUCCUACGAGAAUGCAGAGAAGCAGAAACGCAUAGAGUCGAGGGAGAAGGAGCGCAAAACACGGCCGCGGGCUGCCGAGGAUAUGGACCGUGACAAACUCCCCAGCAAGAAGCGAGUUCGUGAGCGGCAACUAUUUGGCCAGGGCCCUGCGCGUCAGAACAGCAUUCACGAUGAGCUAAAACCGCUGUCCUUGAGCAGCUCAGUGCAGGGCCAUACUCCUUGGGGCGAGCAGCACGGCCUUGUCGAGGCUGACGAUGGCUCGAGUAGAACCGAAGACCGGAUGGAGGGCGUCUCUUUCCACGACUUGUCCCCUACGGCCACGCCAACACGACGGGAAGCCCGGGCACCCGCUCAAAUCGAACUUGCCUCGCCCACAUCUGCCUCGGCAGACUCCAUAAGACCCGCGCUCCUCCUUCCUGGUCCCGAGCCAAAAGUCAACUGGCAGUUUCUGUACAAGCAAAAAAGAAGGUUGGAGGAGAACUGGGACGCUGGGCGCUUCUCAAAUUUUCAACUCCCGCAUCCAAAUCACCCAGACGAGGCUCACACAGAGUGUGUAUACACCAUCCAAUACUCUGGCAACUUUCUGGUCAGUGGGAGCAGAGACAAGACGAUCCGGAUAUGGAAUCUAGACACGUUGCGUCUGGUGCAUCCACCCCUUGUUGGUCAUUCGGCCUCCGUCUUGUGUUUGCAAUUUGACGAGCGGCCUGGCCAGGACAUUGUCGUCUCAGGAGGAAGUGACUGCAGAGUCAUCCUGUGGCAGUUCUCCACCGGGCGCAUCAUCAAGGAGAUUGAGAAAGCGCAUUCGGAAUCAGUAUUGAACCUCAGGUUCGACGAUCGGUACCUAGUUACCUGCUCAAAGGACAAAACCAUCAAGGUGUGGAACAGAAAAGAGAUGUGUCCAACUGACGAGACAUACCCGACAUCUACCACCAAGUCGGCUGCAAAAUUUCCCGCGUACAUUAUAAAUAUGCAAGAACAGGUUGUGAAUCAACAUCUACAUUUCAAACCGCUUCACCCGUACAGCCUCAUCAUGACUCUGGAAGGUCACGGCGCGGCUGUCAACGCUAUACAGAUAUUGGAUGGAAACAUUGUCUCCGCAUCUGGCGACAGAACUGUCAAGAUCUGGGACGUGCUGACAGGUGCUUGCACACGGACAUUUCAGGGUCACAGCAAAGGCAUCGCCUGUGUACAGUUUGAUGGGCGAAGAAUCGUUAGUGGAAGUAGCGACGAGAGUGUGCGCAUAUUCGAUCGAGUGACUGGGGCCGAAGUGGCAUGCCUGCAGGGACACAGCAAUCUUGUGCGCACCGUGCAAGCCCAGUUUGGAGACCUUCCUGGAAACGAAGAAGAGCUUGAGGCCGAGGCGCGAGCCGUGGAUCGAGAUUUCUUCGAAGCACAGAGCAGAGGCCUGAUUUCACAGAAGCUUGACAGAUCGCAACGCCGCGCACGCAACGCUGGCUCCCGAGAUCCAAAGGCCAUUUUCGCGUAUGGAGCGAAACUGCCGCCGGGUGGUGGAGGCAGCAAGUGGGCGCGCAUCGUGUCUGGCUCCUACGACGAGACCGUCAUCAUCUGGAAGAAGGGGGCUGACGGCGCGUGGGAGAAGUCGAAAACACUGUUCCAAAACGACGCUGUCACAGCCGCUGGAGGCCGACCCAGGAGACCAGCCGUCCAGGCUCAGCCAAAUCCAAACGCAGAGCACCCGGCCCAGAACAACCCCCAGCAGCAAACCAACGCGCAGCACAACAACUUCCACGCUCUAGCCCAGCAGGCGCACAUACAAGCUCAAGCAGCGCAAACCCUCGCCCAACAAGCCCAGGCCCUCCACGCAGCCACACAAGGCAUGAACGGAGCCACAGUCAACAGGCCGCCUGCACAGAAUCAGAUUCAACCCGCCAACGCUCCAAACGCUACUGCACAUCCCCCAGCGCCCGUCCAACAACCCACCCAACAACAGCAGCUUAACGCCGCCGUCGCCGCCGCCGCCGCGCCACACCACCACCAUCACCACCACCCACCUCACCCGCCCCAUACCCUCGCCAACGCGCUGAACAACCAGGGCACCAACUCGCGUGUCUUCAAGCUGCAGUUCGACGCCCGCCGCAUCAUCUGCUGCAGUCAGGACCCCACGAUUGUGGGCUGGGACUUUGCGAAUGGGGAUAGGGAUGUCAUGGUUGCCAGCCAGUUCUUCGGCGACUCGUAUUAG